AUGGCACCAAAGAAGAAGGAGGAGGAGCAGAAGGUCCUGCUCGGAAGGCCCAAGAAUACCCUCAAGAUGGGAUUAGUCGGCUUGCCCAACGUCGGCAAAUCGACCACGUUCAACGUGCUGACGAAGCUGAACAUCCCCGCGGAGAACUACCCCUUCUGCACCAUCGAGCCGCACGAAGCCAAGGUGACGGUGGAGGACGAGCGCUUCGACUGGCUAGUGAGUCACUUCAAGCCCAAGAGCAACGUGCACGCCUACCUCUCCAUUUUCGACAUUGCGGGGCUGGUCAAAAACGCACACCUGGGGGAGGGCCUCGGCAACAACUUCCUCUCGAACAUAGCGGCAGUGGAUGGGAUAUACCACGUCGUGCGUGCAUUUGAAAAUGAAGACAUCAUCCACACGGAGGGGAACAUAAAUCCAGUGAGGGAUAUGGAGAUAAUAAAUUCCGAGCUGAUUUACAAGGACAUCACUCACUGCGAAAAAAAUCUGGAAGAAGUCACCAAGGUGUUAAAUAGGAACAAAAAAGAUAAAAUAAAACAAAACGAACAUGACGUGUUAACAGUAGUGCUAAACUUUCUGAAGGAACAUAAAUGGAUUAAGGAUGGCAAUUGGAAAGCUUCCGAAAUUGAGGUAAUCAACGAAUUUAAUUUUUUGACCGCCAAACCGGUGGUUUAUUUGGUCAACAUGAGUGAAGCGGAUUUCAUUCGCCAGAAGAAUAAACACUUGGCCAAAAUAUACAAUUGGGUACAGGAGAAAAACAAGGGGACGAUUAUCCCCUACUGUGCGGACAUGGAGCUGAAGUUGCUGUCCAUGAGCGAAGAGGAGAAAAACGCAUAUUUUAAAGAGAAUAAUGUAAAGCAGAGCAUGUUAAGUAAAAUUAUAAAAACUGGCUACUAUGAAAUUAACUUGAUUCAUUUUUUUACGUGUGGGCCGGAUGAAGUCAAAUGCUGGACGAUACGGAAGGGGACGAAGGCGCCGCAGGCCGCGGGCGUCAUUCACACCGACUUUGAGAAGGGCUUCAUUUGCGCGGAGGUGUACAAGUACGCGGACUUGGUGGAGUUCAAGUCGGAGGGCGAGGUCAAGGCCAACGGCAAGUACCUGCAGAAGGGCAAGGACUACGUCGUGGAGGACGGCGACAUCGUCUUCUUCAAGUUCAACGUGUCAUCCUCGGGGAAGAAGUGAAGCAGUGAAGCAGCGGUUUAGCGAAGGAGCGAAGAAGCGGCGUAGUGAAGGAGCGAAGAAGCGGCGUAGUGAAGGAGCGAAGAAGCGGCGUAGUGAAGGAGCGAAGAAGCGGCGUAACGAAGUAGCGUCGCAGCAGCUACUGUACCGGUUGUAACGCCGCCUCCGCGGCUGUCUCCCCCCUACCAAUCGAGUGGUGCAACCCUUCGAAAUAAAAUCACCUGACCGGCAAUAAUUUUACGCACUUUCUCGAACCAUUUACCCCGAAUUUUAAAAAUCGCCUGACCAGGCAAUACUUUUUUGCACACUUUUGCGGACUUUUUUUUUUUUUUUAAAAAAUUAUCAGUUUGGCUAGCUGGUGGCCAGCUGGCACAUUACAAAAAAGAUAAUUUGACAAAUAGGCGGCAUGGCUGUGGAGCGAUCCAACAUUUAGAACUCCACUUGAGUCCCAUUUUGUUGCCCAUUGGGGUCGCUCGAAAUGUUGCAUAACUCCACAGCCAUAUGCCGUUCUUAGGCACCCCCCCCCUCAGUGGAUGUACUUAAAGAGGAACUUCUUGUGGAAGGCCGUGCGCACAGUGUCGUUGAUGAAGGUGCUCCUUUUCUCCUUCUUCUCGCAGGUGUUUCGGAAGAUGGCCUCCUCCGUCCACUUUCGCUUCCUGCUCGCGCCCUCGCCCUCGCCCUCGCCCUCCUCAUUGUCGCUGUUAUUAUCCUCCAGAUUUAUGAGCGGGUUGUUGGUGAGCACAUUGUUCUUUUUGCUUUGCAGGCGUUCCUGCGCCAGCUUCUCCUGUCGCUCCUUUUCCAUUUUCUCUCGCUUUAGGUUUUCCAGCUCCCUCAGGAGUUCCUUCUCCUCCUCGUCCUCCGACUGGUUAGCGGAGGAGUCAUCAGAAGCAUCAUCAGAGGAGUGACCAGCGGAAUCGCCAGCGGAAUUAUCCGACUGAUCGUCAGACGAACCAUCUGAAAUGCCGCCUGGCCGACAACCCUCCUCUUGGCUGCCUUCCUCCGAGUCUUUCUUCGAUUUACCCUUCCGCUUGGCCUUCCC